CAAAUUGUUCUAAUAAGGACAAUGAUUUGGUCUGGAUUAAUUAUUGAAACCUUUACUAAGAUCCAGAUCUAAUAAGAACAGUGAUAGGCUGGAUAUGUAGGUUGAAAACGUGCAUGAUUCCUCAUGAAGCAAUCAAACCACAUCUUCAUUUCCUCCAUAUAAUCCCUCUAUAUAUAUAAGAAAUCAUGUCUACGUUAUAUAACAUUAUUAAAUACACCUCCAUUCUACAGAAAAACCAAAAAUGAGGCCACAAAUUCAGCUUCUACUCUUCAUUCUACUCACAACCCUCCUUUUCCACUCCUCGGAAACUUCGCAACCACCUCGGAAAACCCGGCUAGAAAAGCCGGUCGUAAUUCCCGACAACCAGACAAUCUACGAAACCUCAAAAAGCCUAUGUUGGAACUGCGUAGGAGAAGCAUUCCAGUUCUUGUUCGCGCACAACUUAGUACGAGCAUCGAAGUGGGAGCUGCCGCUGACGUGGGAUUCCCAGCUCGAGAACUACGCGAAAUGGUGGGCGGGACAAAGGAGGGCGGAUUGCGCGGUGAUGCAUUCCUUCCCGGAGUACGAUUUCAAGCUCGGGGAGAACAUAUACUGGGGAAGCGGGUCGACUUGGUCGCCGACCGACGCCGUCAAAGCUUGGGCUGCCGAGGAGAAGUACUAUAAUUACAGGUCGAAUUCUUGUGCCGACGGACAACUCUGCGGGCAUUAUACGCAGAUUGUUUGGAAGAGUACGAGGAGAGUUGGGUGUGCUCGUGUAGUUUGUGACAGUGGCGAUGUUUUUAUGACUUGUAAUUAUUUCCCACCUGGGAAUUACGUCGGUGAGCGACCAUAUUGAAUAAAAUUGUAUUGUUUUUAGUAAUACGGUACAAUUUAUAGUGUGAAUUAUUUUUACAAGAUACAUGAGUAAUAUUCAUUGAACUUUUAGCUCUAUAUGGUGGUAUUUGACGGUUACUCAACGUUGUGGAGGUUAAAAUGAAAAUAAGAUCUACUAAUAAUAAUAUACCUUCGGA